AUGUUCACUCGGCAAAUAGUUACCAUCGCAAUAUCUGCAGCAAGCCAUCUUGGGCAGUUUAACCUUCACUCGGUAGCUAUGACCACGAAAAGAUGCCUAAAUUUGGCCAUUUCUAUUAUUCGCAUCUUUCCUCGUCGUUUCGCGUUGACUACUGCCUCUGUAGCUGCGCCAUCCACAUCCACCGGUACUAUUAUUAGCAGAAUUGGUCCUCCUAAUACUACUAAUGGUGCCACUAUUGCUAAUGUCCCUUCUGCCGCUGCAGGCGACGCACGCUUAAGAUCGCUGAAUCUGACCCAAAAUGGUGCACAACGAACUUGUGGACUGAAGAGGAAAGCAACAUGUACUGCGCAAAAUUGA